CCCUAAUUCGCACUUCCUCGCGCUCGCCGCUCCCUCCAUCUCUGAAAACCUAAUUCCCUUCCUCUCGCCGACGAAAUGACGACCCGCUUCAAGAAGAACAGAAAGAAGCGCGGUCACGUGAGCGCCGGGCAUGGUCGUAUCGGCAAGCACCGUAAGCAUCCUGGUGGUCGUGGUAACGCCGGAGGUAUGCACCACCACAGAAUCCUCUUCGACAAAUACCAUCCUGGUUACUUCGGUAAAGUUGGUAUGAGGUACUUCCACAAGCUCCGUAACAAAUUCUAUUGCCCCAUUGUAAACGUCGACAAGCUCUGGUCUCUCGUCCCUCAGGAGGUCAAGGACAAGGCUUCUAAGGAUAAUGUUCCUUUGAUUGAUGUUACUCAGUUUGGGUAUUUUAAAGUUUUGGGUAAAGGGGUUUUGCCUGAGAACAAGCCCGUCGUUGUGAAAGCCAAGCUCAUCUCGAAAAUCGCAGAGAAGAAGAUCAAAGAAAAUGGUGGUGCGGUUGUCCUUACGGCUUAGGUUUAUUGGGUAACUUUUAGUUAUGAUUUUGUUUUGAAAUUAGUUUUGAUAUCUCAUGUGGCUUUAUUCGAAGUAUUGGAUUAAUGUUAUCAUCAAACAUCGUGUUUCAGUUUUCUUCACUUUGAACUCAGUCCGAUUUUGAAUGUGUUUCUUGAAUUAUCAUUUUUCUUGAAUGUUAUACAUUGUCAAUUUCGCUAA